CACAACCAACCUGCAGCCUUUAGAAUGGCUCCUCCAGCACCGCAGCCCCAACUAGCAGCCCGGUCAAGACACUCAAGGCUACUGAGAUUGAUUGCAAUAAUCAUUCUAGCUCUGAUUGUCCUUGUAGGUCUUGUUGUACUGAUCAUUUGGCUAGUAGUCAAGCCUAAAGGGCUUGCCUAUGAGAUUGAAGAUGGCUCAAUCCAUGGCUUUGGCUUGAGCAACAAUCAUCUCAAUGCCACCUUUCAUUUUGUCCUAAGGGCAUAUAACCCUAACAGGAAAGUCUCCAUAUAUUAUGACUCAAUGGAGGUGUCAGUAGCCUAUGAUGAUCAGACUAUGGCAUCUAAUGGGGUGCAGCCUUUCUUUCAGCGCCAUCGCAAUGUGACUCGACUGGAAGUGCAGCUUGUGGCUCAAUCUCUGUUACUAUCAGGCCCCGUGUCUAAGGACCUACACCUUGAUAGAUCAUCAGGGAAAGUUGAACUAGAGGUUCGAGUGAAGGCAAGGAUAAGGUUCAAGGUGGGAAUAUGGAAGUCAAAGCAUCGAACCUUAAGGGUAUUUUGUUUACCUGAGGUGCACUUCUCCUCACACAAAGACUUUGAGAGGACGAAGUGUGAAAUAGACCUAUAAGCAUUACUCUAUUUUCUUGCUUGUGCUAUAAUUUUCUCUAAUUUGUUUAGGGAUUUGAUUCUCUGUGAUUCCCAUUUAUUAAUUCCAGGAUUGUUGUAUUUUUUUUUCUCCUGUUUUCUCUGCAAUGGUGUGAUUAUCAUUUUAUCAUUUUAUCAUUUUGUACUAAAGGAUGCUAUCACGCUUAAAAAAGGAUAUAUAUAAGUGAAGGUUUUUGCCUUUUGUUUAUUCA